GGCCCCAACACACUUUUUCUCUUUUGGCGCGUGAUUAGGCGGCUCUUUCCUACCGCGCAUUAUCUCAAGGCCCUCCUCCUUCUCCUGCAUAUAUCCUUGCAUUUCCGCAGGUCUCCGCAUCUCAUGCCUUUCUCCCUAUCCAAUUUACACACACAACACGCACUGAUAGAACUCUUCUUCCUCCUUUCUGCGCCCGUUCCCUCCUAAUUCAAACUCGAACGGCAUCAGAAGUACUUGGGACUAUAGGCAUACGUCAAGAAAACAUAGAUACCGUGUUUGUUCUUUGUUGUAAAGGUAGGAGAUGGACUCUGCUGCGCUUUCCUUCGGAGCUGUCUCUUCAUCUUUCUUUUGCAAUUCCCGGAACCCUAAAUUCAGCUGUGUAUCUUCUAACCCUAAGCCUGCCUCACCGCCGAUUGUCAGAUGCAGCCAGUCGGAGAACCCGCAUCUGAAUUCUUGGUAUCCUCUCAAACCCAUUUCAGGAACGGCUUUUUCUUGCACUGCUGUUACGUCCCACCACACCAACACCUCCGGAAGUGGUAAUCUCACGGCCUCCACCGCCGCCGCCGCCGCCACCACCAGAGCAAAGCUGCAGCUCCUCAUUCAAGAAUUUCAGUCGUUGACAGUACCGCUGGACCGCGUAAAAAGGCUUUUGCACUAUGCGGAGCUUCUCCGUCCUUUGGGAGAUUCAUUGAAAAGCAACGACAGCCGCGUGCCAGGGUGCACUGCUCAGGUGUGGCUGCAUGUAGAGCUGGAUGAUAAUAACAAAUUAAGGUUCUUGGCUGACAGUGACUCGGAGAUAACCAAAGGGUUUUGUGCCUGCUUAGUUUGGGUGCUUGAUGGUGCCACCCCGGAGGAGGUUUUGGCUGUGAAAACAGAGGAUUUGGCAGCUCUGAGUGUGGUGGGAUUGAACAGAAAAGCGAGUGGUUAUUCUAGUAGCCGGGCGAAUACUUGGCAUAAUGUGUUGAUGAGUAUGCAGAAGAGGACUAAGGCUUUGGUGGCAGAGCGCGAAGGGCGGCCUCGUGGAGAGCCGUUCCCAUCAUUGAUUGUUAGUGCUGAGGGCAUACAGGCUAAAGGGAGCUAUGCAGAAGCUCAGGCUCGUUUUCUGCUUCCAGAUGAGGUAAAAAUUCAAGAGCUAGUGAAUUUUCUAGAGGAGAAGAAGAUUGGUGUAGUUGCACACUUUUACAUGGACCCUGAGGUCCAAGGCGUUUUAACUGCUGCACAGAAGCUCUGGCCUCAUAUACAUAUAUCUGAUUCACUAGUUAUGGCAGAUUCCGCUGUCAAGAUGGCUAAAGCGGGAUGCAAAUUCAUCACUGUACUUGGUGUAGAUUUUAUGUCUGAAAAUGUACGUGCCAUCCUUGAUCAGGCUGGAUUCCCGGAGGUUGGUGUGUACAGGAUGUCAGAUGAACGCAUUGGUUGCUCAUUGGCAGAUGCUGCAGCCAGUCCUGCAUAUAUGGAUUACCUUGCUGCAGCUGCAGCUUCUGUUUCUUCUCCCUCUUUACAUGUCGUGUACAUUAACACCUCGCUCGAGACCAAAGCUUAUACUCAUGAAGUUGUUCCAACAAUAACAUGUACUUCUUCUAACGUUGUGCAAACCAUCCUUCAGGCAUUUUCAGAAGUUCCUGAUUUAAAUGUCUGGUACGGUCCUGACACCUACAUGGGAGCAAAUAUCAUGGAGUUGUUCCGGCAGAUGACUGCAAUGAGUGAUGAAGAAAUAGCCGAAAUACAUCCAAAGCACAAUAGAAACUCUAUAAAAUCUUUGAUACCUCGACUUCACUAUUUUCAGGACGGAACAUGCAUUGUUCAUCACCUCUUUGGUCAUGAAGUUGUUGGUAAAAUAAAUGAAAUGUAUUGCGAUGCAUUUCUAACUGCCCACUUUGAAGUUCCUGGCGAAAUGUUCUCCCUAGCAAUGGAAGCAAAACGAAGAGGAAUGGGAGUAGUGGGUUCCACACAAAAUAUAUUGGACUUUAUCAAAGAGAGAUUACAGGAGGCUUUAGAUAGAAAUGUUGACGACCAUCUUCAGUUUGUUUUAGGAACGGAGUCAGGAAUGGUAACUUCAAUUGUCGCUGCGGUCCGCAAACUAUUGGGCUCCGUCAAGUCUCAUGACAGAGCUAAAGUGAGUGUAGAGAUAGUCUUUCCUGUCUCGUCAGAGUCAAUAACUACAACACCAAGCUCAUCCCCUGGCGAAGCAGGGGACUUCUUGAAAUUCCCUGUUAUUCCUGGAGUUGCAAGUGGAGAGGGCUGCUCUCUUCAUGGUGGUUGUGCAUCUUGUCCUUACAUGAAGAUGAACUCUCUCGAAUCGCUCCUCAAAGUGUGCCGUAGCUUGCCCCAUGACAAAGAGAAUAUUUCUGCAUAUGAAGCAGGGCGGUUCAGUCUGCAGACUCCCAACGGCAAACUAAUUGCCGAUGUUGGUUGUGAGCCAAUUCUACAUAUGAGACAUUUUCAGGUUCAUGUUGCAAAUUCCACAUCCAUCUUGAGAUUUGAUAAUUUUCAGGUAAUUAACAAUGCAAUUUGUGCUUUCUACAGGCUACCAAGCAAUUGCCAGAGAAGCUGAUCCAGCAGAUCCUUGGCAUUAACUCGGAAUAGAAGAUCAAAUUAUGCAGCCAACAAGAGCAUGUAUUAAACCAAGUCAAAAACGGGGAAGAUCUCGAUGGACCUCCAUCUGCAGAUCCCGUCUAGUAGACAAGAAUCCAUAUGUUACUCAAGGUCGAUUUCAGUCGAAUAAUUUUCAUUUUUGCUGUUUUUAAUUGGUUUCAAUAGAUCGUUAGAUGUAAGGGGAGUGUCUUUCUUAAUUUUUUUCCCCUUCCCCUAUUUAAAUAACCUUUCAUUUGAGAGAUUUAUUAGGAUGUAAGAGAUGUGUUGGCCUGCAACACUGUAAAAAAGAACAGUUUCAGUGGAAAUGAAUCGCCCAGAAUUUUGCUUUGGGAAUUAUGAUAA